GCCGUCCGUAGUACGCGCUCUCUACUCCCGUCAGCCGCGCGCUUGCGCCUGCGCACAGCCUACAAAAACUCACAACUACAGUUAAAAAAUACUGUCUGAACUAUCAAGUGGAUUUCAGUGAACACAUGGACUCGUGAACAGUGUGAUAUCAGUAAAUCUGAUCAAAAGCGUCUGAAGCAACUCUUUCCCGUGAUUAUUAACUGUUUAUGGCCUAUACAGUGCGUCUAUUGUUGUGUGCACUACCACUAAUCUCACCUGUCUCGCCACCUACUGACUAUGACCACUGUGAAAUGUGACAAAAAAUUGCAAUGAGUGACUAUUGUGAUGGUGGUGUAAACUUUGUGGGUUGACUACCUGACUUUGGAGCGAUCGAUCGGGCAACCAGUCGACUUAUGUAUUUCUGGCGUGAUGUCGGACAACGGAGGAGUUGUUGUAACUAGGGCAUCAACACCUCGCCCUGUAUCUGAAACCCCUGUGAAUGCCCCUCUGAGAUCCAGACAUGACCAAUUUCUUGCAAGUUCUGCUGAACGAAAUCAACAAAGACCAUCUUCAAAUGGACGAAAUCCAAGUAGCAACUUCGAUUCACCGCCAAUACCUUAUCAUCGCCAGAUGAAUUCUGGCUCUAUACUAACAGCGUCACAUCGUGAAUCAUCUGCGUUUGUUCCUGUUGUUCCUACAAGGUCUAUGCAUCCUGUCAUUUAUCCUAAUGAAAUACACCCUGCCAUGAUGUCUUCAGAUAUUAUUGAAAGAGAAAGAAUAUUGGACCGAGAUAGAACAGAACCAGCUAAGGGAUCUCCAGACAGAUCGUCGGGUAACUUUCCUAAAAGAAACUCUUUUGACUUAAUGGCUAUGAUGGUAGAGAAAAGAAAGGAAGUAGCUUUACGCGAAGCUGCAGCAGCAAUGUUGCUUCCACACCAUAGAACGUCAUCAAUGGAUGGUAUGAUGGCUGACGGAUCUACACAACCUCCAAUGUAUGGACCACCGGGUGCAUUUCUUGCUGCCCCUGGACCUUCACCAACAACAGCUGGUAGUUUCACGUUUCCUGGAGCAGGAUUAUUCCCACCAGGGGCAGGUCCUCAUCAAAUGCAUCCUCAUUUAGACAGACGAUUACUUCGAGCACCAGGAAGAGCUUCAAGGCCCAAAAAGCAAUUUAUAUGCAAAUUUUGUAAUCGACAGUUUACGAAGUCCUACAAUUUACUCAUCCAUGAACGGACUCAUACUGAUGAACGGCCAUAUUCCUGUGACAUUUGUGGGAAAGCAUUUCGAAGACAAGAUCAUUUACGGGACCACAGGUACAUCCACUCAAAGGAGAAACCCUUCAAAUGUACAGAAUGUGGGAAAGGAUUCUGUCAGUCCAGGACCUUGGCUGUACACAAAAUUCUGCAUAUGGAGGAGUCGCCUCAUAAAUGUCCUGUUUGCAGUCGAAGUUUCAAUCAGAGAUCUAAUCUCAAAACUCAUCUGCUAACACACACUGAUCACAAACCAUAUGAAUGCAAUUCAUGUGGGAAAGUAUUUAGAAGGAACUGUGACUUAAGACGACAUGCACUCACUCAUGCUGUGGGAGAUGUACCUCCAGGUGAUGUUCUAGAUGUCGGAGAAGAAGAUAUUGGAAGACCUGGAUCACCUAUAGAACCAGGUUUUGAUGAUGAAGAUCCAGAUUUAUCAUCACCAGAACAUUCACCUGUAAGACGAGCUAGAUCGUCUUCAAUUGAGAGCAUUGGAAGAGAACAAAGUGAAGAACGACCACGGAGAGCAUCGCCCUCUGCUGUUGAACGAACACAUUGCCAUCAUAAUGAGCCAAGAGAUCGAGCCAGUCCAUACACGAUGCGUCCUCAAUAUCCGGAGAAAAGCCGUGGCCACUCUUCUGAAAUGUAUGAAAAAAGACGCUAUACUUCGGACGAAAUAAUAAAAAAAGAAAUGGGUUACGCAGACAUGCCUGAACCUCCACCAAGACAUCCGCAGUUACAGAUCCGAAGAGAUCUUCAUCAAGUUAUCCCCCCAGAUCCGAUGAAAAUGGGACAAAUGUCAAGUCCGCCCAUAGAUCAUCCUGGACCAUCAGGUAUGUACUUGAGUGCAUACAGGAAGAGAAGUCAUCCUCCAGAUAUUGGGGAUAACGUGAGAACAUGUGCAGCAGUAUAUAGAAGUCGUUCGCCAGAGCCCACUAAUUUGACAAUGCCUCGACAGACUAUCGGAAGUGGAGAAGUAGUGGUAGGAAUACCACCACCAAUGAUAGGAAUGGCAUCGUAUCAUAAAUUUGGAUUGCCUAUGCCGCCGCCUCACACACAAAUCACAUACGGUCCGGUUUCACAUACUGUUUUAGGGCCCCAGCAAACGGUUGCCCAAGAUUUGAUAAUCAAACAUGCGCCUCCUAAAGAUACGGUUCCGAGUACUUCGACAAAUGUUACAACUUUAAACGAUGGAUCGCAAACGACGACGAAAGAUUCUGAAGAAGCUAGUUCGAGUGCUAUUGCUAACGGCAUUAAGAAUAUAGUGGGGAUACAACCUAACGCAAAUCUGAAGCCAGGCACAAGUCAAUCCAGUGGACCUAAGAAAGGUUUUAGUAUAGAAGAUAUUAUGAGACGUUGAUAUAAAAGUAUAAUUAUGUACGUGGUGCAAGUUUAAAUUUCUUGAUAAGUAUUUGUAUGCAAUUUAUGUUAAGAUGUAGACUUUUUGAAAGAAGUAUUAUUAAGUUAAAGUUUGUAGUGUUGUAAAAUGCUAGAGGUAUGUUUGUACGUAUUUGCAAUGUGGAUUUGGUUUUCGUAAAGAUCUCAUAAGGUUUGUUUGUGCAGUGUUUUGUUUACCUCCAAAUUUUAAAAAUUAGUUUUUGUCAAAAUUUUAGGCAAUACUUUUAUACAUAAUAUUUUUAUUUAAUAUUUUUUAUUGAAUGAUCGAUGUAAGAACAAAAUUGUAAUAUGCAGUUAUUGGGAUCCCUCAGUGCUAUCAUUGGUCAUAUUAGUAUAUUAUCUUUAGUUAAAAAAUAUAUGUAUUUAGGAGUGUUAAGAAGCGACUGGUUUUAGAUAAUACAUCUGUUAUUUAUUGUUUAGUUUAUUUUUUAUAAAAUCUAGGCUAUAUUCAAUUUUCUAGUUAGAUUUAAAGUUGUAUUAACGUGAUCUAAUUUUAGUUACUGGGCUGUAUAUAUUAGUACUUAAUUACAUUCUGUUAAAACUUAGAUAUUAUUACAAAUAUUAUUUGAUAAGUAUCCAGUCCACAAUAUUAAGUAACAUGUUUGGUAUUUGUUCCAAUUACAUAUUAUUAUAUUUAAAUUAUUAAUUGUGACAGAAGCAUAAAUUAGAUGUCCUAAUAAUAAAUCUUUGUUGCUCAGGUUUUAUUUAUAAUUCAAUAUGUAUGUUAAUUGGUAUUUUUUGUAACAAUAAAUUAUCAUGCGAAUA